ACGAGCACGAAUGAGUGAGUGAUUCCAUUGUCCAUUUUGCAAAAGUCUGUUCAUCCGAAAUAUGGCCUCAAUUGAGAUGAUCUCGGACACAGAACUGCUGGAGGAAGUGUCCGCUUUCCUGACCACAACUGAUGUGGUUUUGACCCGGACGCCGCGAGCAGAUGGUGGUUCGAUUCCUGGAUCUUGGGCUUCAGCAGAUAGUGACGAGAGCGAGAGCAGCACAAGCAACGCGACGGACGAUGCAGCGGCUUUAAAACAUAAAAAUCGGAGGGAGAAGGAGAUCAUCCGAAAGCAAAGAUAUCAACGACGGCUCAAACAAGAACGAGAAACGUUGCGUCAAACGGAGAAAACUCUGACAGCCCGACUAUUGCGAGUGAAACGAAUGAAACAUGCUCACCAGACCGAGGGUGAUGCAUCUGACGCCAACGUUAUUCAGUUAGACUUCGCUUUGAGAGAUUUUGCAAAACACGAGCGUGAAGAGCGGUUUCGAGCCGAACAAGAGCAGAAACGUCUUGUUGAGGCUGUUUGUACACAAGCCUCAUACUUGGCAACCCUCAAAGGGUUGCUUCCGGAUCAAAAAGCUAGCUGCGCAAAAAUUUCCAGGGGAAACAAGAAGAUUGCCCAAACGCUCGGACCGCUCGAGUUUUAAUGUAAGGAACAAGGUCGGCGAGCACUUCUGUAACUAACUAGAUCAACUGCGAGUUACGGUGAAAAUACCGUUUACUUUUUCUUACUGUAUUUUUUAUGCUUUGUCCAAAAUUUACACACGCUAGACACUGGAAAAGGCUGUUCCGCAUAUUCGGGAAGCGAAACAAAAACAAACAUAUUUACUUUUUCAAUCUGAUUGAUAGUACAGUUUCGUAUAGCUGGACUCGCUCAAAGAUAUAAUUUUUU